GCCGGCGGGUUAACAACUGAGUGUAAACAGCUUACGACGCGAAUAUUCGCGACGAAUUGUGUUAAUAUAUAAAUAUUCUUAUCUGGAUAUUUUAGUGUAUAAGUUAUACAUAUACAAAAUAUGAUUGUUUUGUUUAAUUCUUAAGGCAGCAUUGAUUUGAAUUGCCUCGCACACGCACCCCAGCUAAAUGAAUAUAUAUAUAUAUGUAGAAUCGAAUAUAUAUUGAAUGUGUGAUUUGUUGUAACUGAAUACUUAUAUGGUUGCCCACAAGUGCAAAUUGAAUUUGUUUUUUCGAUGUAACUAAAUAAAAAGAAAACAAAAUGCAAACAACAAAAGCAGAUGAGCUACCCGAAAACCCGCGUGAACGAAGCAAUCCGUUUUCUGAACUUAUGCUUUGCUUUGCCUUUCCGGUUUUGUUUAAGGGCCGUAAGAAGACACUAGAGCAGUCAGAUCUAUACCGGCCAUUAAAAGAGCACAAGUCAGAUACACUAGGUGAUCGCUUGUGCGCUGCCUGGGAUGAGGAAGUUAGUCAAAGAUCGGCUCAAAAACAACAGCCGCGAUUGGGGCGCGUCGUGAUUCGCGUGUUUGGUUGGCAUUUAUUUGUUACUGGAUUAUUGCUUGGACUCAGGGAGUUCGUUGUUAAAGUAACUCAGCCAAUGUGCCUGUAUGGUAUUAUGGCAUACUUUUCGGGGGAGGACCCAGACCCUUUAAAGGCACAACUAUAUGCAGCGGGUCUAAUUACUGCCUCUGUACUUUCUGUUGUUACUGGACACCCGUUUAUACUAGGUCUUCUCCAUUUGGGCAUGAAAAUGCGCGUUGCGCUGUGUAGUCUGGUUUAUCGAAAAGCAUUACGAUUAAGUCACACAGCUUUAGGCGACACCUCGAUAGGUCAAGUAGUGAACCUCUUGUCCAACGACGUGGGUCGCUUCGAUUUGAUCCUAAUUAAUGUUCAUUUCUUAUGGUUGGCCCCACUGGAAUUAUUCGUGGUUACAUUCUUGAUGUUUCAAAAGAUCGGUGUCGCGUCCUUCUUUGGCGUUGCUAUAAUGUUGCUUUUCCUUCCUUUUCAAGCCUAUUUGGCGAAGAAGACAUCAGUUUUGCGCCUAAUGACUGCGUUGCGUACGGACGAACGUGUACGAAUGAUGAACGAGUUUAUCUCCGGCAUCCAAGUAAUCAAGAUGUACGCCUGGGAGAAGCCACUAGGCAAGUUAAUCGAGCUAAUGCGUGGCAAGGAGAUGAUCUGCAUCAAAAAAGUCAAUUAUAUAAGAGGUAUCCUCAUUGCCUUUGGUAUGUGCCUGUCCCGCACCCUGACCUUUGUUAGUCUGGUGGGUUUCGUGCUAUUAGAAAGCGUAUUGAAUGCUAGCGACGCAUUCUUCAUCACAGCCUAUUACAACUUGCUACAACGAGCGGUCACAAACUUUUUUCCACUUAGCAUUACACAGCUAGCAGAGAUCAGAGUGUCCAUCAAGCGUCUGGAGACUUUUAUGCAUAGAGUGGAGACUCAGGUUCAGGACAAAUCGAACGCAAUAACUGCACCUAGUUUCACUAAAGAAGAUACCGUUAAGGAAAAUGAUGAAAUGAUAAGCAAUGACAAUAUAAAUGCAUCACAGAAGGAUAACGAUGAGGAGACGCUCGUGGAAUUCAACCAAUUCCAUGCCAAGUGGGAUACAACAGCAACAGAAAAUACUCUAAGCAAUAUCAAUCUGAAAUUGGGUCGCCGACAGCUGGUAGCAGUUAUAGGACCCGUUGGCGCAAGCAAGUCGAGUCUGAUACAAUCAAUUCUUGGCGAACUGCCCGCUGACAAAGGCAGCCUUAAAGUCAAUGGCAGAUUCUCCUAUGCCGCUCAGGAGCCUUGGCUCUUCACUGGAACUGUUCGUGAAAACAUUCUGUUCGGAUUAACCUUGGACAAACUUCGGUAUCGAACAGUGGUCAAGAAGUGUGCAUUAGAACGUGACUUUGAGCUACUUCCUCAGGGAGACAAGACGAUCGUUGGUGAGCGGGGAGCUUCUCUCUCAGGUGGACAGAAGGCACGCAUCAGCCUGGCAAGAGCUGUGUAUCGCAGAGCGGACAUAUACCUGCUAGACGAUCCACUCAGCGCUGUUGAUACACAUGUGGGUCGUCAUCUGUUUGAUCAGUGCAUGAGAGGGUAUUUGAGAAGCGAGUUGGUCAUAUUGGUGACACAUCAGCUGCAGUUUCUGGAGCACGCAGAUCUUAUUGUUAUCAUGGACAAGGGAAAGAUCAGUGCAAUGGGAACAUAUGCGACGAUGCAGCACAGUGGCUUGGACUUUGCACAACUGUUGACCGAUAUAAACAAGGCCGAUGAAAAGGCGCUGGAUGAGCAGAAGAGCGAUGCUGGAGACCACGUGAGCUUGCACUCAAAAACCAGCCGUCAAGCUUCACGCACUGACAGUUUCGUCUCUCUGAGUUCGCUGGCAGACUCAAUCAUUCAGGAUACAACCAUGGUACCGCAGGAGACGCGCGUUGAAGGCAAAGUUAGCUUGGGUCUCUAUAAGGAAUACUUUUCGUCGGGCAGCGGCUGGUUCCUGAUAUCUUUUAUGAUUGUUCUUUGUAUCGGCACACAAGUUGUGGUUUCUGCAGCGGAUGUAUUUCUCUCCUACUGGGUUGACAAAACUAAGAAUAACGCGGACAUCAAUAACGAUCCCUCCGAUAUGUACUACUUCACAGCACUUAAUGUUGCUGCAAUUGUGCUCAGCGUAAUGCGUCCAAUUCUCUUCUACACGAUGGCGAGGCGCAGCUCGAUUCAAAUGCAUAAUUCCAUGUUUAGGGGAAUUGCCAGAGCAGCUAUGUACUUCUUUAAUACGAAUCCAUCGGGUCGCAUAUUGAAUCGCUUCUCCAAGGAUCUGGGUCAGCUGGAUGAAGUACUGCCAACAAUUAUGCUGGAUGUGAUGCAGAUCUUCCUCACAUUGGCAGGCGUCAUUGUGGUCAUCUGCAUAACCAAUCCUUACUAUCUGAUACUAACAUUUGCACUAGGUGUCAUCUUCUAUUAUCUCAGAGAAUUCUAUCUAAAGACCUCGAGAGACGUAAAGCGUUUGGAGGCUGUUGCCCGAUCUCCCAUCUAUUCCCAUCUGAGUACCUCCCUUAAUGGACUAACUACAAUCAGAGCACUGGGCGCACAGAAGGCACUAAUUGCCGAGUUUGAUAAUCUUCAAGAUCUCCACAGCUCCGGAUACUACACUUUUCUGUCCACGAGUCGUGCCUUUGGCUACUAUGUGGAUUUCUUUUGUACUUUAUACACAGUCAUUAUUGUACUUAACUACUUUUUCAACCCACCCACCAAGCCCGGAGAGGUUGGGCUGGCCAUUACUCAGGCCAUGAGUUUGGCGGGGAUGGUGCAGUAUGGCAUGACCCAAUCCGCCGAAUUGGACACCACCAUGACUGCAGUGGAGCGCGUAUUGGAAUAUGAUGAUAUUGAGCCUGAAGGCGAAUUUGAAUCCCAACCAAGCAAAAAGCCUCCUCUCACAUGGCCAGAGCAAGGUAAAAUUGUAGCUGACGAUCUCAGUCUUCGUUACUUCCCCGAUCCGCAGUCAAAGUAUGUGCUGAAGUCCCUCAACUUCGAGAUCAAACCCAUGGAAAAAGUAGGAAUUGUGGGUCGCACAGGUGCAGGCAAGUCCUCACUCAUCAACGCCCUCUUCCGCCUGUCCUACAACGAUGGCUCCAUCAUCAUCGACAGUCGCAACACGAACGAACUGGGUCUGCACGACCUGCGCAGCAAAAUCUCUAUUAUACCUCAGGAGCCAGUGCUCUUUACGGGUAGCAUGCGCUACAAUUUGGACCCAUUUGAGGAGUACAGCGACGACAAGCUGUGGGAUGCGCUGGAGGAGGUCAAGUUGAAACCCGUCAUCAGCGAAUUUCCAAGUGGACUUCAGAGCAAGAUUUCAGAGGGCGGCAGUAAUUUUAGUGUCGGUCAGAGGCAACUAGUAUGUCUCGCACGUGCAAUACUUCGCGAAAACCGCAUCCUCGUAAUGGAUGAGGCCACAGCCAAUGUGGAUCCCCAGACAGAUGCGCUCAUCCAAGCGACUAUAAGAAACAAGUUCAGGGAAUGCACAGUGCUGACAAUAGCCCAUAGGCUGAACACGGUAAUGGAUUCGGACAAGGUGAUAGUCAUGGAUGCAGGUCAGAUGGUCGAGUUUGGCUCACCGUACGAGCUGCUAACAGAAUGUGAGACAAAGAUCUUCCAUAGCAUGGUUAUGGAGACGGGUCAGAGCAGCUUUGAUAGUCUACUGUCGGUCGCAGAGAAGGCCCAUUUCGAUUCACAGAAGCUUAAAACUGCCUAGCAUUACUUAAAUGAAAAUGUUUUACUUGAGUAUUAUCUUUACGGUAAUUUGAAUAAAAC